AUGAAAUCGCUACCCCCCCCUUCGGGGGGGGGAAUUCUGGAAAAUUUAAAAACAGUUGUAGAGUGUAAUACCUACAAUAAUGACCUAUUCGCUGAAUUGAUGAAUCUAUAUAGCAAUUUUAGUCCAGAGGAGAUCGCCGCGAUUUUACCUUAUAUUGUUGUAAUUUUCAGUAAUAGCUUAGUGGCGACAGCUGCUUUGGUAGUUGUAUUAAUAGAGAUACAUCGUAGAGGUAGUAUAGUUGAUGGGACUAUUAGUGUCGACGGCCAGCCCCUCAAUAGAGAAUUAGCCAGAAGUAUGGACACCUUUAAUGAUACUGUGUCGACUGCUACUGACUUUGUAGACAGAACUACGACGCUAAUAGAAGGACAGGGGGGGUAA